AAAAAACGCUCAAAAUUGGUUGCUGGUAAAGCUGUCAAAAGUGCUGUUCGAUAUUGUUAGCUGGGAACGCAGAAAGCAGGACGCCAUUUUGAAAUAGUGAAAACCAAGCUACCCGGUUUCGUGAAAAAGUUGCAUGAUCGCUGUUUGUGGUUCGUCUUGACGUGCUUUUUAGUGAUAUUUAUCCACCGCUGACCAAUUUGUGCAUUGGAACGAUUUGUGCAACAAAACAGAACCGCUCAAGCCGAAAGUGAAGGAUCUGUUGCCAAGUGUAGAAUUUACAUAAAGAAUGAUGGAUAUGUCCGGUCCACCUAGAGGUGGGUAUCGUGGUCGUGGAGGACCACCACGCGGUGGAUACAGUGAUCGGGGAGGUUCACCAUUUCCCUUCAGGGGUCGUGGUCGUGGAGGUGGUCCACCGAUGGGUCCUCGCAUGGGUAUGGGAGGCGGAGGCCCGCCAAUGAUGCGAGGUCGUGGGGGUAUGAUGCGUGGCGGUGGGCCUCCCAGGGGAAUGGGAGGACCGCCCCGUGGUGGUGGUCCGCCAAUGUCUCGUGGUGGUCCGUACGGUGGUGGUGGUGGUGGUCGUCCAAUGGGAGGCCGCUCUAACUACGGUGGGCCAUCGUCUUCCGUGUCGAACGGAUCAGGACCACCAGCCGCAAUUGCACAGGCAGAAAACGGCGAAGCUGGCAAAGUUCCAGAAACAAAUGGCGCUACAAAGGCCGUCUCCACAACCUCAGGUGGUGGUGGUUCGGGUGGAGGGCAAAGUGGAGGAACUGGUGGUUCAGCAAAUUCGGGCACAGGAUCGGCCCAGGGAGGAACAACCGGUGGUUCUGAGGCUGAACACAUGUCGCCCAAACAAUCUAUUAAAACGGCCGAUUCGAGCAGUUUGGCCGUUGCGUCACAGGAAUCUUCGAUACAGUCCACACAUUCAUCAGCACCCUACCAUUCGUCACCGCGUGGAAUGUCCCGUGGUCGGGGAGGAUUCAUGUCGCGUGGAAUGGGCCGUGGUCGCGGCGGUGGAGGAGGCGGUUACGGUGGCGGUGAUUAUGGCGGACCAAGACCAUUCCGUGGUGGAAUGGGUGGUGGUCGUGGCCGGGGCGGUGGUGGCGGCGGAGGCUAUGGUGGUGGUGGCGGCGGUGGAGGCGGCGGAUAUGGCGGAGGUGGUAUGUCUGGCGGUGGGUAUGGUGGGGGUGGUGGAGGUAUGGGAGGCGGAGGAGGUGGUGGAGGAUAUGGCAAUGCUCCUCCCUCUUCGUACAAUCCGAUGGGUGGCUAUGGGCAGAAUAAUGGUGGUCCGGGAGGAGGUGGAUACGGUCAAGGACCUCCACCGCCGCGUCAAUUCGAUUCGCGGCAGCCAUCCAAUCCAUCGGCUGUGCCACCUAUCAACAAACGCGGUGGUAUCCCUGGUGUGGGUGGCCCGCCGGGGCCGAAACGUGGUCGUUACGAUGCUGGUCCGCCGACACGCGCGCUGCCACCGAAAGCCAUGCCUCCGCAUCACGGCUCGGCAGCACCCGUUCCUUCGUACAGUGCUCCUCCGCAGCCGAUGGCCAAUCACGGUGGUUACAGCGAUCCAAACGCGCAUGCUCCACAGAUGGAGCAUCAAUAUACACACACAGCGGCGGCCAAUACCGGUGGCUAUGGAAAUACGGCCGCUCCACAAACCGGCUAUGCCAGCAAUGGCUACAGUCAGGGCUCAUACGGUAAUACGACGAUGGCUAGCACCGGAUAUCCCAGUAGUGUCACAGAAUACGACACAACUCACUACGAUUACAGCAACACUGGUUCAUAUGAUACACGCUAUCAAUCUGGCUAUACGCAGGACUAUGGUCAAACGUACGGUACUACCACGGAUUAUAGUGCUGUGUCGACAGAUACCUAUGCGAGCCAGCAGUAUGACGAUCGCUCCACUGCCUACAGCGGUUACGACGCGCAAGCGUAUUCGCAGGGCUACGCCAAAACCGAUCAGUAUGCGCACAGCGGUUACUAUUAAACGGCUUAGAGAGCAAAAACAAUACAAAACAUGAGCAUACCAAAACGCCAGGGAUAAAUAAAAGUUUGCGAGCGGCGUUACACCAAGCUGCUGCUACAGGCUAUGCUACAACCGCUUUAACUGAUCGAUAACGGCGCAACUGCUACGCACAUACGUAGCGUACACACAAAAGAUAACAGUUUUAUGAUGUGGAAAAUCGAUAGUCAACAGAAGUGCGUGCGCGUGCAGAUGUGAAUAUACUACCGCACUCUCCAAGAAAAUGAAAUCAUUCUACAAAUUGGCGGUUAGUCAUCAAGCAGAAGCAAGUGUAAGAGAAAAAAGGUAAAGAGAAAACCGUGCAUAAUCCAACGAUUAACGAAAGCGUCUGGCUUUUUUAAGAUCAAUAAUAACCAAUAGGGAAGAAUGAUUCACCAACGCAGGCAACGCGCACGAGGUAGUGGGAUCAUUCGAUCCUCGCUUAAAUAGUGUACAGUACUAAAGAAAAACGGAAGGCGGAUCCGUACGUAGCAUCGAAAUUAAUAAGAAAGUGUAGCAUUCAUUGUUGUAUCCGACAGGUUGCAAUCUUUAAAACAUUAGCAGAAAGGAAGGGUAACAUUCAUCGUCAAACGUAGAUUAAACUUAUCAGUUUGAAUCAGACAGAUAGUGUAAGCAAUUAGUACGUAAGGACAGCAUGUGGUGACUAUUACACAGGAAAGUAAUGAUUGAGUAGGAGCAGACAGGAGUUUGGCUAUCACCAUUUAAGAAACCACAACAGAUUGGUUUUAGGUUGCAUAUAGUCAUAAACAGUGUAAGGAUCAAAUACAGUGUAGCAACGUUUGAUAAGUUAAAAGAAUUUAACUACAAAUCCAUUCAAUGAAUAUCAUAAGAGUCAUUCAUGCUGCAGCUGCUACACAGUCGUGCAUGUGUAGCGUAUAUAGUUCACAGAGAUAAAAUACGGAUGCAACUUCCUUUUGAUUGACACUUUUUUUAUAAUGAUUCCUUCGUUUAAAGGUGUGUAAAAAAGCCUUUUUUUUUUGGUACAGUUUUAUCUUUAUUUGCUUUCCCUGCAGACCAAGUUACCAAGUGGUGACGAAUGUUCGUAUAUCGUGAUUCUUUUCUUGAAGAAAGUUCUUCGAAAAAUAACUAUACAAUAGCUUUUAAAAUGUAUGUGUCCUUUAAUGGUUUCCAUUUGACGAUCUUAACUUGUUUUAUAUUUUAUUAUCAGUUCUCUUGUUUUAUUGUGUACAAUUCGAAAGGGAAAUUACGCCCUAAAAGGUCAUAGUUUCGUGUACCAUCUGAACUUCAUUCUAAUCAAUUUUAUAUCGAAACGGCAUAUAAAAAGCACAGAUAGAACGCUAAAGAGCCAAUUUGUAAAAUGAUGAAGUAUAGAAUGAUUACACAUGCGAAGGAACGAACUAAAUACACCAUGAAAGGGAAGAUUUUUUGAAGAGAGUUUGUAGUCAAAGCGUACAUAAACAUAACAUAGGCGUUCUGUAGAAGUUUGGUUUAUCUUUGAACGUAGCGCGGAUAUUGCACGUAACCAACUAGAAGAUCAGUUCAGGGCCAGCGCAGUGCAAAAUAAAACCGUGAAAACUAUUAAUGGAAAAUCAAACAACCAGAUACAACUAACCAUAAAUAAAAUUGGUACCAACCGUA